GGCACUAUGGACAAGGCUACGAAAGAGAACUAUGCCGGGUACCCCAGCCGUGCUGCGAAGAUUGCUAAUCCCAUUGUGGAUGGCCCGAAACGUGUCCCUGUGUCUCAGCAUUCUGCCCAGAGCCGGUUACUGAACAGUGGAGCUCAAGCACAACGUGUUCUGUGUCCUUCAAACUUUGCUCAGCGAGUUCCUGUGCAAUCACAAAAGUCUGUACUGUCAAACCAAAAACUGUCUAAUAACCAGACAACACAGCAGCCUCGACCAAAAUUUGUGGUCCAAGCAGCUUCUAGGCCUCAAGUUCCAAGCAAGAACAAUGAAAAACCUCAACAGGCUCCAGUACCUGCAAAAAAUUCUGAUGCAGAAAGCGCCCCUAAACAGAAAAAUGAGGAGACUGCUAAAAAGAAAAAUGAAGAAACUAAAAAAAGGCAAUGGUCCCUUGAUGACUUUGAAAUUGGUCGUCCUUUGGGGAAAGGAAAAUUUGGAAAUGUGUACCUGGCACGAGAAAAGCAGAGUAAAUUUAUUCUUGCACUGAAAGUGCUCUUUAAAACACAACUUGAGGAAGCUGGUGUAGAACAUCAACUACGAAGAGAAGUUGAAAUACAGUCUCAUCUUAGGCACCCCAACAUCCUCAGAUUAUAUGGCUACUUCCACGAUGUUACAAGAGUCUAUCUUAUUCUCGAGUAUGCACCUCGUGGAGAAGUCUACAAAGAACUUCAGAAGCUUACCAAGUUUGAUGAGCAAAGAACUGCUACUUACAUCACAGAACUAGCAGAUGCCCUGUCAUACUGUCAUUCAAAGAGUGUGAUUCACCGAGACAUCAAGCCGGAAAACUUGCUGCUUGGCUCAAAUGGAGAAUUAAAAAUUGCUGACUUUGGAUGGUCUGUGCAUGCUCCAUCUUCUAGGAGAACAACUCUCUGUGGGACACUUGACUACCUGCCUCCUGAAAUGAUUGAAGGAAGAACACACGAUGAAAAGGUGGAUAUUUGGAGCCUGGGAGUUCUGUGCUAUGUAGGGAAACCACCUUUUGAAGCAGUAACGUACCAGGAAACCUAUAGAGCUAUUUCCAGGGUGGAAUUCAAGUUUCCUCCAUUUGUAACAGAAGGUGCAAGGGAUUUAAUUUCGAAGCUCCUGAAGCACAACCCAUUCCAGCGAUUGCCCCUGAAGGAUGUACUUCUUCAUCCCUGGAUUACAGCAAACUCUACUAAGAUUCCUGACAGCAGAAAGAGUGAUGGUGCUGCCCCAUCCAGAACAUAGUCUUAGGAGGGGUAACCUCAUGGGAUCAACAAGAGGAGUCUUGUACUGUGACUACUGUAAUCCUUACAAUAGGAAAAGCAGGUCUUGGAGUCUAAUGGCAAUUGGAAUGCAAAUCUUUGGGUUGGCUGUUGUCUUAAACUCUAACUGCAAUGUACAAUUAUCUGACUUUUGGCUGGAGGUUGUGGAAU